AUGAAUAAAUCAAGCACAGGUUGGUGUUUCCGCAAUGCUAGGGGUCAUUUUGUGAUGGUGGAGACUACAUUGUUAUAUGGGAAUUGCUCUAUUGUGGAAGGUGAAUCCUUAGCCUUAUUUCAAGCUAUGAAAGCAUUGACACAAAGUGGUAUAUCCAAUGUUAUCUUUGAGACGGAUUUUAAAAGUGUGGUGGAUGCAAUUACUCAUUUUCGUGGUGGUAGUUCCGAGUUUAGUUCUCUUAUUAGCCAUAUUACUAAUAUCUUGUCUUGUAAUCCAAACUUUACGGUUAAGUUUAUUAAGCGACAAGCGAAUAUGAUAGCCCAUAUACUUGCUAGGACGGCCGUUUCUUGGCCUCGUCGCUAUACCUUUGAGUCAUUACUGCUUUGUAUUACUACAUUAUUGAAUAAUGAAAUGAUAUAA